CCCGGUUUCAAGCCGGACGUUUUUUGCAUCUGCAACCAAAAUGGCGACCACCAACAGUCGUCCACGCCUUCAGUAUUUAUUACAUCUCGCCCAAGAUAAUCUGGACUUCAGGUUGCCGGAGAUUAAGGCUUUGUUGGCCCUCAGAGGAAAACCAUUCCAGCCUAAUGAAAACUUCAAAGAAAAGUCUCCUUUCUGGUGUCUGGAUGGUUUGUCUGAGGAGGACGUCCGCGGCAUCAUGGCCAGAUCUGUUUGUGCAAAGUCCGCUUUUGAACUAUGGGGCCAUGGAAAAACACACAGUGAACUCAGAACAUCCCUCUUGAACUACCCAUCAGAGAACAUGUCACCGUUCAUGCACAAAGAUUCAACUUACAGAAUAAAUGUCUACACUUUCAACAAGACUCUGGAGUUUUCAGACAGAAUCAAAAGGAUUGAUGCUUUGGAGUAUCUUCCUUUUGAUGGCGCAGUGAGCCUAAAGAGCCCUCAGCACAUCUUCUGUUUGAUGGAGGAUUACGGCACAGACCCCAACAACAUCCCAGAGAACCCAGACUACAUCUACUUUGGCCGAUGGAUAGCAGACGGACAGCGUGAACUGAUUCGCUCCCACAGUGUGAAGAACAGACACUUCAUUGGAAACACCAGUAUGGAUGCUGGGCUCUCAUUCAUCAUGGCCAACCACGCUAAGGUCAAAGAGAAUGACCUUGUCUUUGACCCGUUUGUCGGCACAGGGAGCCUGUUGGUAGCAUGUUCUCAGUUUAGAGCCUAUGUCUGUGGAACAGAUAUCGAUUACAACACUAUUCAUGGCAAAGGUAGGUCAAGCCGUAAAAACCAGAAGUGGCGAGGACCUGAUGAGAAUAUCAGAGCCAACCUGCGGCAGUAUGGAACAGAGAAGAUGUAUGUAGAUGUAAUGGUGUCUGAUGCAUCCAAGCAUGUGUGGAGGGCGGCUGCUCUGUUCGACGCCAUCAUUACUGAUCCUCCGUACGGUAUCCGUGAGUCCACAAGGAGAACGGGCUCCCAUAAAGACGUUACUAGACCCCCCGACAGCAACUACGUAGAGUCUCACGUCCCCGUCUCACAGGCGUACCACCUGAGUGACAUCUUCACAGAUCUGUUAAACUUCUCCGCCCAGCACCUGGUUAUAGGCGGGAGGCUCGUCUAUUGGCUGCCUGUCUACAUACCAGAGUACUGUGAGGAGAUGGUACCUCUUCACCCGUGUCUCCGAAUCAUCAGUAACUGUGAGCAGACGCUCUCUAGCCACACCUCACGACGCCUGAUCACUAUGGAGAAGAUCAAGGAGCCUGAGGAAUUAGACGGCCUGUUUCAUCGUGCAGACCCACGCUUCAGCCCCUACCAGGGACACAACGCCUUCAGAGAGAAGUAUUUCAGUGGCGUCAACAAGAGGUGUAUCAAGGACGACAACAAAUCCAAUGUCAAUGGAGAGUGAAGGAAUUAAUCACCCAAGAUGGAGAUCACAGAAAAUCUCAGUGUCUUUUAAAGAAUAGAAGAAAAACAUCAGGAAACAAGAACCAGGGCAUGGUUGUCAGUGGACUCAAAGAGGGAACCUUAUUUAGUUGUACUUUUUAAAAUCUUUCUCACUAUUUUAAUUAUUAUUUGUAUGCCUAUACGUUAUUGCUUUGCAAAUAAAUUGAUACAAUACAAA